ACCCCCCAGUUCGCAAUGCUGUGUCCUUGUGUCAAAAUAUCCUGUGCUAUUCAUAAUUUCGAGUGUCCAUUGAAAUGUCAUCAGACAAGUGUCGCCCUGAGACAACGAAAAAUCAUUUUCAACACGCAUGCGAACAUCAACUCCUCGGAAAGUGAGGACUGACGAGCGAGGGUGGAAAAUGUGGCCAGCGUUGACUCAUUAAAAAUAUCUGUUUUAUCAAUCAACGACGGGGACCUUUCUCCGGAAUAAUUGAAUUUUAAUUCACUCACAACGAACGGUCUGAUCUAUCUCAUGAUCCUUUGAAGAAGUGAAUAAAUGAUUUUGCGAAAAAUUGCUUCACGAUAGUGUCCGAGGAAUUGAUGAUUCACGCGGGAAAUCAUCGAGGUGAAUUCGCGAGUGGGUGACCUCGUCUGUCCUGCGUGGGCAAAUUAUCAACGUAUUCUUCACCGUGAAGAUUGAAUAGUCACGGACAACCUUCAUCCCGGAUGAUACUGACAAUGAAAUCCUCACGUCUGAUUUCUAAUGAUCCACUCUAAUACUGAGGGAAUGUCGUCAUCAAAAGACGAAGGCCAGUGUCUCUUCCACCGGUAGGAGGAAGUUAUGGUGUCUUAUCAAAUGCGAUGCCUGUUGCCGCAGCCGUGGCACUGUGGCACCGAGCCCACCUCUACAAGGCGCUCGCCUGUGUCGUACUAGCCCUCAUUGCCCUUCAGUAUCUACUUAGCGGUGUACUUGACCGUCGCUCUAUCGAGACAAUAUUCACCAUCAACACCACAAGAUAUGCCGACCACGCCUACAGAAGCCACCCCCACGGCUUAAUAAUCUAUGGCCUUGGUGUGUCACCAACUUAUCCACCAUCGACACUGAAUAUCACUUCAACCGCUCAGCUAACAGUGCCAGCACUUCGGGACAUCAAUAAUGCCACGAAGCAGGACGUAAAUGCAACGAGAAUCGCUCCUGUCUCAUCCCCUAACACCACAGACCCGUCGAUUCCGCAACUAUGCCCUCUCAUUCCCCCAAAUCUUGUUGGACCACUGACAGUCAACAAGAAUCCUCCGGAAGUAUUAAAAAUGGAGAAAGAACUCACCGGUGUUGAAACGGGCGGUAGAGGCUGGCCCUCGCACUGCACUCCCAGACAUCGUGUUGCUAUAAUAAUUCCGUUCCGUGAUCGACCGCAGCAUCUCCAGACGCUGCUUUACAAUCUGCAUCCGAUGCUGUUGAGACAACAAAUCAGUUAUCAGAUAUUCAUUGUGGAACAGGAAGGCACUGGACUAUUCAACCGUGCAAUGCUGAUGAACGUCGGUUACGUCGAGGCUCUGAAGGAGCAGAAAUUUGACUGCUUCAUAUUUCAUGACGUCGAUCUUCUCCCAGAAGACGACAGAAAUUUGUACACAUGUCCCGAACAGCCGAGACACAUGUCUGUCGCUAUAGAUAAGUUCAAGUACAGACUGCCAUAUACAGACCUUUUCGGCGGGGUCUCAGCCAUGUCAAGAGAGCAAUUUCGCCUGGUGAAUGGAUUUAGUAACGUUUUCUGGGGUUGGGGUGGCGAGGACGACGACAUGGCGAAUCGUAUUAAAUCCCAGAACCUUCACAUCUCACGUUAUCCAGCGAAUAUUGCGCGCUACAAAAUGCUGUUGCACAAGAGGGAAAAAGCAAAUCCCAGGAGAUAUGAAGUCCUGAAGACCGGAAAGAACAGAUUUCCAACGGAUGGCCUGACCGAUUUGAAAUACCAAUUGAUUGAGAAAAAAAAGCCCAAACUGUACACUUGGCUUUUGGUAAGAUUAACACCACCACAGCCCAGCUGAUGGUUACCCUGGAUCGGUUAAACCAGCCGAAAAUAAAUUCAGGAAGAACAUCUCCAGAGUAACUUAACCCAAAUGAAGAACAAUCACCCUGGUAAAUGAUGAAGAAAUGAAAGAUGAAGUUAAAUGCAUGUAAAAGAGUUGUUAAGUCACGUUGAGAUCUCGAAUCCCCUAUUUUUUUAAAGUCCCGUAAAUCUAGUGCAUUGAAAACAAAAAUUAGUAGACAACGGCCGAUACAGAUGAUUUAAGAUUUUAAAAACGUGCCAAAAAGAGUAACAAGUGAAAGCAUAAGGAAAUGAUCAGUGUCUUAAGUCUUCGUUCAAGUGUGCUGUGGUUAAAAAUGUGAAAAUAAUCAAUUUAUUUAACUUAACAUCCAAGUGAAUGUUCUUUUGUCCUCUAUUUUACGAUUAAGAAUUUCGUUACUCGAAUUAUUUCGAUUGACCGUUCGCUCUUGCGAACAAAUUAUUUUCCUAAGGAGAUAUAUUAUUUUUUUGAAUGAAUAUCUGUUUAUUGUUAUUGUUGUGGAAGCAGGAAUAAUAGAAUUCCAGUUUGAGUGAAAUGCUUGUGAAGAUUUAGCGAUAUUACGCUAAUGCAAUAAAUAACGAUCCGCAGGA